UCUUUCCUUACACAGGUUCUGCUUUUCAUUUUCUCAUGUCGUCCUCUUGAAGAGAGGAAAUGAUUGCAGUGGAACGUGUUACAAAUCAGCCACUGAUACGGAGCCUUCGCAGUUCAGAAACGUUCAUAGAAGAGCAAAUAUAGCCCUUUUUUGUUUGUGUUCUGGAAUCUGUCUUGUUAAAAAAGGGAAAUAAAAAUGACGACUUCGUCUAUUAGACGGCAGAUGAAGAACAUUGUGAACAAUUAUUCAGAGGCCGAAAUAAAAGUUCGGGAAGCGACCUCUAAUGACCCCUGGGGUCCCUCCAGUUCUUUAAUGACUGAAAUAGCCGAUCUGACUUACAAUGUUGUGGCCUUUUCUGAAAUUAUGAGCAUGAUCUGGAAACGACUGAAUGACCACGGCAAGAACUGGCGACAUGUAUACAAGGCCCUUACUCUGUUAGAUUACCUGAUUAAAACUGGUUCCGAGAGAGUGGCACAGCAGUGUAAAGAGAAUAUUUUUGCUAUCCAGACGUUGAAAGAUUUUCAGUAUAUCGAUCGAGAUGGUAAAGACCAGGGCAUCAAUGUGAGGGAGAAAUCCAAGCAGCUAGUGUCCCUGCUGAAGGAUGAUGAGCGACUCAAGACAGAGAGGGCCCAAGCCCUGAAGACCAAAGAACGCAUGGCUCAGGUGGCCACUGGAGUGGGUAGCAAUCAAAUCACCUUUGGCCGAGGCUCCAGUCAGCCAAACCUAUCCACCAGCUACUCGGAGCAAGAAUAUGGAAAGUCUGGAGGAUCCCCAGCAUCUUACCAUGGCUCUACGUCCCCUCGAGUUUCCUCGGAGCUCGAGCAGGCACGGCCUCAGACGAGCGGCGAAGAGGAGCUCCAACUGCAGCUGGCGCUGGCCAUGAGCCGGGAAGUGGCGGAGCAGGAGGAGCGCCUCAGACGCGGAGAUGAUCUGAGAUUACAGAUGGCUCUGGAGGAGAGUCGCAGAGACACAAUUAAAAUUCCCAAAAAGAAGGAGCAUUAUUCCUGCCCUCAGCAUACCACUUUGUUGGACCUAAUGGAUGCCCUGCCCUCCUCGGCACCGGCCCCACAGAAAACAGAGCCUUGGGGACCUCCUGCUGUUGCAAACCAAACUGAUCCUUGGGGAGGAUCCACAGUUGCAGCUACUGCCUCUGACCCGUGGCAAUCAUUUGGUGCCAAACCAGCUGCUUCUGUUGACCCUUGGGCAGCACCAGCAGGAUCCACAGCUCAGUCUUUGCCCAAAAAUGUUGACCCUUGGGCUCCUGCUCAGCCAUCAUCUACUGCAGCAAAAUCUUCUGUGGAUCCUUGGGGACCAACACCUGCGAACAAACCUCUCUCUACUUCUGGAAGUACAUCUUUUGACCUCUUCAGUAAUUUGAAUGGUACAGUUAAAGAUGAUUUUUCUGAAUUUGACACACUUCGAACUUCCAAAAAGCCAGCUGAAUCAGGUUCCACUUUGCCAUCUCAGCAUAGCGGUACCACGAGUCCCGAUCUCUUUGAUUCCCAGCACUCGAGUGUGACAUCAGGCAAACAGAGUGCGGCUCGGAAAACCCCUGAGUCUUUUUUGGGCCCCAACGCUGCUUUGGUGAACCUGGAUUCGCUGGUGUCUAAGCCACCACAACCUGUUACUUCACUGAAUCCAUUCUUGGCACCAGGUGCCGCUACAGCACCGACUCCAAUCAACCCCUUCCAAGUGAAUCAGCCUCAGCCCCUCACUCUCAACCAGAUGAGAGCGAGCCCCGUGAUGGGAACCAGCCCUUCUUUCAGUGCUGUGCCACCGAUGAGCAUGGAGCCAAUACCUCUGUCUUCCAUGGCCCCCGUGCCCGUGGGGAUGGCACCGAUACCAGCUAUGGGCACUGUGGCCUCCAUAACCAGGAUGGGCCAGGGGCUGAACAUGAGCAUUGCAGGAUCAAUGACCCAACCUCUUCACAGUACAGGAAUCCCGCCGUCAGCGUCCCAGCCUACAAAUACAACUAACCCUUUUCUCCUAUAAAGACCCAAUUAAAGGAACUUUUUCUUUUCAUAGUGUUUCCAGGCUGAAGUCUUUACAGCGAAAUGAACGUGGCCUGUGUGGACUGAACGGUGUGUAAGAGACUUGGAAGUAGAUUUGCAGUUUACAGUUAUGAUCUUUGAAGAGUUGUCUCUACUUACCAGUUAAUCUAAAUCUAGUCUUUGCUACAGAUGGUACCUUACUUUGGCUUGUUGAGCAUUAUGUGAAAUGUUCAGACUUUUCACCAAAGUUAGAUUCUGCCCAUUUUGUUACUUUGUUAAUCAUUUCAAUACACUUUCUAGGGAGAACCUGCCAUUUUAAAACUCCGUUGGCUAUUUUGUAGAUGUCAGAUGAUGUGCUGGAUCCUGAAAUUACUAUUUACCUGCAUCUGUCACUUCCUAUUACCCAUAUGAUAGACCUGAGAUUCAGAGUGCUAGUGAAUGUUUUGCACAUAACUAUACACAGUUCUAGACUGUUGGUUCACCCAUAGUCCUUACUCUUAGAAGAGAACGAUUCGGAGGGCCCAGGUGGCUGGUUUUUAUGCAUUAAACAUUGCAACGCAAAAAUCGCACUGCUUUCCUAUCAGAGGUUUGACUGAGAAAGCAAGCUUGUCUCGAAAGGAAAAUGAGAAAAAACAAAAAAAACAACAAAAAAACCACCCCAAGAACAUUCUCAAGUUGUCGAGUAUAACGUGUGCUGUUGUAUGCGGUGUUGAAUUUGUACACUACUCCGAGGACUCCCGAGGAACUCUCUGUGAGUGGCAUGCUGCACUCCUGCUGAGUGAGUGUCCUGCUCUGUGCUUGUCCAGUACCAGCUUCGUUCGGAAGUUAUCAUGUGUAUUUUGUUUUUUUAUUUGACUUACGAUGUGAGUUGAAAGAAAGAAAGAAAACAAACAAACAAAAGAAAUACAGCGGGACAACUUUGAAUUCAGUUUCACUGGGGCAAGCUUUAAAACUAAUUCAGGCUUAACCUUGCUAUAUGCAGUUACUCUUGUAUACUUUUGCACAUAUUUUGUUUAGUACAGUUUCAUAUUUGAGUUUGCAGAGUUACCUAAUAGUCCUUUUUUUGCUAAUUUUUAUAAUGUGGUUCUUAUUUAACUGUCUGGUUUUGAUAGAUUUAUCAAGUCUGGCUGAAAAAUUAAGAUAUUGGCAAAUGUCAUUUCUAUGGUUUUAAUGCCCUCUUAUUUAUGGUUUUAGCUCUUUGUUUCUGUAAAGAGAGUUUAAAAGGGAAGAUUAACACUAAAAUAUUUACUUUUAAAUGAAGUAUUCAUAAUGCAAAUCAAAACAAAUUCUCGUGACUAAUUAUUUUUAGAUGAAUUGAAUUUGAGCGUAACAUGAUUUAAGACUACAUUAAAAAGAAAAAACACUAAAGUCGCCUUUCCCUUGAUUUGUUCCCGUUUUCCGAUUACCAAAACGGACAGAGUUUAGCCUUUAUGAAGAUCAGAAGAGAGGCUGGUUUUUUUUCUUGUAAUACUUCUUGAGAUGUUAAAAAUUCUAAUGUACAAACACGACGCAUUAAUUUUAUUGACUAAUUUUUUUCUUAACGAAAGGUGCACUCCAUAUUAAUAACCGGUUCCAUUUACACCGUAUUAAUUGUAAGCUGAACUAUACAUUUUUUUUUUUUAACUUGCAUGUCUGGACUCCUCGGCACUAAAAAAAAAACCACGCUCAGGUUUCUGGUGGAGACCUGGCCCUUCUCAAAGACGGCGACGUUUCCCAGCUCUGCUUUGGCGAAAGGGAUGUCCCAGUGCUUGCUACUGCCUUGAGGGCAUCUCUUGGAAUGAACUGAUGCAUCUUGGUGGCCUUUCCCUAAUUAGGAGGGGGUAAAAAAAAACAAAAAAACAAACAAAAAACACAACAAAAAAACAAACUACAAAACAAAGAAGCUGAAAGAAAUUGCCAGAGUUUUGUGUGUUGUGGGUGUCAUGAUGCUGUGUGGGGCUGUGCCGGUCUUGGGUCCUGUGCCGCGGGGAAAGAGGGGCUGGCUGACGUGGAAGGGACUGGGUUAUAUCUUUUGGGUGAGUAGGGGAGGCUGAGAGACUAUCAAAUCUAGGGUACAAUCACAGAUUUUAGCUGUGUAGGUCAGUGUAGCUCUAUUAGUGUAUGGAAUGCUAAAUGUGUGGAUGUUUCUAUGCAGAUUGUUCUAUCCUCUUGAAUACUGUUGAAUUUGCAAGUAGGAUUCGGAAUAUUCAUCUGCUCUUGUUUAUAUAGGAGGAAAGAGAAUUACUGUCCACACCCAGUAUGUCUUUAAAAAACAAAACAAAACAAAAAAACCAUUCAUGUUGCCUUUCAGAGUAAGGAAAAAUACUUUACUUUUUUGUUGUUGUUGAAGUUAUUGAAAAGUGUAGACCAGGAAGGGUGUGAUUCUUGCAGAUGGGGGAGGGUGGGGAGGGUGGGGGAAGCGCUUUCCAAUUGAUCUGUGGCAAGAUUUUAUCCGUCAUUAUUUUUCCAAUUUAGUUUUAUAAACAGUGGAAUUGAAGUCACUCGAUGUUUUUUCCCUUAGUCUAUCACCUGAAUGCAUUUGCAACAGUGAGAUGGGGCACUGUCUAUUCAGCCAAAAAAAAGUUCUAACGGCGUUAAACACUAGGUAACUGUUUCUGGAAGCAAGAUGGGGGUAUUUAAAUUGAUGAAGUCAUCUACGGUUCAGAGCCAUGAUCUGUCACCAUGAAUUUGCUAACAAUGUGCUGUGGGUCUGGUAGGGAGCCCUCGCUUAAUGAAACUGCUGAAUGGCAAAUUGUUGCUUUUUACCAAGCCACUUCUGUAAGAGCUGUAUUCCUUUUACAUUUUAUAUAUAUAUAUAGAUAUAUAUAGAUAUGUAUAGACAUAUAUCGCACAAUAAGCCAUGAAAAGGCACGCUGAAGAGUGCUCAGCCCAGACUCUGGUGCUGUAAAGCAUUAGGCUGAGGAUGGACCGUGCCGAGAUUCCCAGCCUGAUGGGGGAGGGGGGGGGGUUGUGGUAGGAGCCGAGUUCAAGGGAAAAAGCAGCUGGUUUGGUAAAUCCUGGGUUCUGGAGGAUUCUCGGUUCUUGGGCUGGAGACGUGCCCAUCCCUCCAGUGCCCUGUGGCGUGGGGUGCUGUACCAGUGACACCGGUGGGUGCUGUGUCUCGCCAGGUGAAGCUUCAGUUGUGCCCAGAAUGGUAGUAAAUCUCUCUUUUUUUUUUUUUUCUUCUUCUUUUUUUUUUUUGGCGAUAAUUUAACUGCUCUCCAGAAUAAUUCUUCCUCCCUCCUCACCCUCCUGCUGCUUUUUUGCAUGGAGGACGUGUGCGUAUCCCAUCACAUCUGCUCUGGCGUAUUUCUCCAAAUGCAUUUCCCUUCUUCCCCUUCUUUUCCUCACUUGCGAAUAUUCAAAGUGCUUUUGAUUUUUAAAAUGUUAGUAUCCCAAAAUAGCCUUACUGGUCAAAUUGACCAAAGAUAAAGUGUUAAAUAUUUUGUAAAAAAAAAAAACAAAAAACUCUUGGCAUAAUUUUAAACCCAAAAUAAGCUCAGUUAUUUAUUCAGUUUUAUACUAUAUAGAAACUAAACUACAUUGAGGGGAUAGGGAAGGAAAACCAUGGUGGGUUGUGGUGUUUACAGUCUUUUUGAAGUCCCGUAGCUAAGACACAACUAUUGUUAUCCAUCUUCCCUUUUGCUGUUACAGUUUCUAAUGUGUACUGUAUGUAUUAAUAUUGCACAAAUUGUGGAGAAAUAUAUGGUUUAUUUUUCACAGCAGAAUCUCACAAGACUCACUUCCUUUACAAGUGUUACAAUUUAAAUAUUUACCAAACUGUUUUCAUAAUACUGGGAGCCGGCUGCUUUUUAUGAAUUUGUGCUGACUAUUGACAUUAUUUACUGUAUAAAUAAUUUAUCAUUUGUACUAUUGUAUCAUAAUGUCUGUAUCUUUGUGUCAUUUUUCCCGAGCGAUGUCACAAAUGUGAUAUUUAAUAAUGCCAUCAGAACAGUGGAAAGACAAGGGGUUUGUAGGUGACUGGUCAGAAUUAAAAUUGUAUUGCUUAUAUUCCAGCCGUGUUGCUUUUUCGAGACUCUGCGUAGUGUUUAUAAUCCCAUUGGAAAAAAAAAACCCAAAAAACAAAAAACCAAACCUGUUGCUGCCAUGUUCGGGUUCAUUUUCCAGAAAGUUGAUGGAUUGGUUGAGAUAACUUAAGGUUUGUGCUCCAAGUCGUAGGUGCCAGGAGGAAUCUCACCGUCAGUGAGAGUUAAUGCUUCUUGUACGUUGUCAAUGUGAUUUCUUCCACGCGUUCGUCGCUUUCCUGGGGCAGGCCUGCUCUUGCCAUGAGACAGGAGGGUUUCUUAUAGAUCACUUAAAUCAGAAUCAGUUGAGACCUUACUAACUCAAUAAAAAUGAAGACUUGUUGUGUU